AUGAACGCAGGCGACCUCCUCGCGAACACUCUAUCUCCAGACCAAAACACGCGCGAGCAGGCGACGCGCGAGCUCGAGAAUGCCGCCGCUUCGAACUACCCUGCGUAUAUGCACAUGCUGAGUGCCGAGCUUGUUGAUGAAGGCAAGAGCGUCUUUGUCCGCAACGCUGCCGGUCUCGCCCUCAAGAAUGCCCUCUCCGCACGCGACUCUGCCAGGCAAGCCGAGUACUCCUCACGCUGGCUAUCCCUCGAUGUCGACUCGCGGAACAAAGUCAAGCAGGAUAUGCUCAUGUCUCUACACUCGCCCGAUAAGAAGGUCGGAACCGUAGCUGCGCAGGUUGUAGCGGCCAUCGCGGCCGUCGAGCUUCCGCAGGGACAGUGGCCCGACUUGAUCGAGCUUUUGCUCGGAUUCGUCAACAAUGCGCAGAACACCAGUUUGCGCAUAUCCACGUUGACGGCUAUCGGUUUCCUUUGCGAACAAAUAGACCCCGAUGUGCUUGCUGUGCGUUCGAACGAGAUCUUGACAGCCGUUGUACAUGGUGCGCGCAAGGAUGAGCCGAGCGUAGAGGUUCAGGCUUCGGCUAUGAGCGCACUGUACAACUCGUUGCCCUUCAUCCGGGAGAACUUUGAGCGUGAGGGUGAGCGGAAUUAUAUCAUGCAAGUUAUCUGCGAGGCAACUCAAAACCCCAACAUCGACAUUCAGGUCAAGGCUUUCGAGUGUUUGGUGCGCUGCAUGACCAGCUACUACAGCAAGAUGGCUUUCUACAUGGAGCGGGCACUCUUUGGUUUGACGGUUAUGGGCAUGCAAUCUCCCGAAGAAUCCGUUGCGCUGCAAGCCAUCGAGUUCUGGACGUCCGUCGCGGAAGAGGAAGCGCAGCUCGAGCAAGACUUCCAAGACAUGCAAGACGGUCUCCUCGAAGGCGACGUCGAAGAGCCGAAAUACUUCGCCAAGAUCGCCCUGCCAGAGAUCAUCCCCGUCCUCCUCCGUCUCCUCACCAAACAAGACGAAGACGCCGACGACGAAGAAUGGAACGUGUCCAAAGCGGCAGGAACGUGCCUGAACUUCCUCGCGCUCGCCGUACACGACGCCAUCGUACCGAGCGUUAUCCCCUUCAUCGAGGGCAACAUCAAGAACGCGGACUGGCACUUCCGCGAGGCGGCCGUUAUGGCUUUCGGCUCGAUCCUUGCCGGCCCCGACCCGAGCGUGCUCACGCAGCUCGUGAACCAGGCUCUGCCCAUUCUCCUCAGCUUGAUGGAUGACUCAGACGUGAACGUCAAGGACACGACGGCGUGGACGCUCGGUCGCGUGUGCGAGAACUUGAUCGUGUGCAUCAAGCCAGACGUGCAUCUGCAGGCGCUCGUCACGAGCUUGGUCCGUGGGUUGCAGGAUAGCCCGAGGAUCAUCAGCAACUGCUGUUGGGCGCUUAUGAACCUCGCGGACGGGAUGUAUGAGGCGUAUGAGCUUCAGGAGGGUCAGGAGAGCGGGCCUAUGAGCCCAUACUUCCACGGUAUCAUUUCGGCGCUGUUGGCUGUCACCGAGACCGCGAGCAACGAGUCGAAUUACCGCACGGCCGCAUACGAGGCUAUCACCGCCUUUGUGAACAUCGCGUCGCCCGACUGCGAGCGCGUGGUGCAGGACACGGCGCUUACGAUUCUCACGCGCAUGGAGCACCUCCUGAGCGUACAGAACCAGAUCCUCGGCGUCGACGACCGCAACAACUGGAUCGAUCUCCAAGCGAACCUCUGCGCCGUGCUCGUCGGCAUCAUCCGCAAGCUCGGCCAGGGCAUCGCACCGCUCGCGGACCGCAUCAUGACCGACAUCUUGCAGCUCAUCCAGGGCGCGGGAAAGACCAGCACGAUCCUCGAGGACGCGUUCCUCGUCGUAGGAUCGCUCGCCGCGGCCAUCGAGACGCGCUUCGCACCGUACAUUCAGGCGUUCUUGCCGUUCUUGCAUCCGGCGCUCAAGGCGCACGAAGACGCGCAGCUGUGCCAGGUCGCCGUGGGCAUCAUCGGCGAUAUCUGCCGCGCGCUGGGCGAUCAGGCCGCGCCGUACGCCGAGGCGUUCGUCACGGUCCUGCUCGAGAACUUGCAGAGCGACGUGCUCGCGCGCAACGCGAAGGUCACGAUCUUGUCGUGCUUCGGCGAUAUCGCUAUGGCGGUCGGACCUGGGUUCGCGCCGUUUAUCGAUACGGCUAUGACGGUGCUGCGCCAGGCGGCGUCUAUCCAGCCUAACCCGCUCGAUUACGAUUCGAUCGAUUAUGUUGCGUCGCUCCGCGAGGGCAUUCUGGAAGCGCAUACGGGGAUCAUCGUCGGGUGCAAGCAUACGCCCGCUGCCGAUGCGCUUCUGCCGCAUGCGGGCACGAUUCUCGAGCUGUGCCAGAUGGUGCUGCUCGAUGAGAACAGCGGGGAGAGCGCGGACAAGCUCGCAUUUGGUGCUAUCGGGGAUCUGGCGGAUUGCUUCGGGGACGGGAGGAUCAAGGGGUUGCUUGUGGGGCAGGAGUGGGUGGCGAAGGUGUUGAAUACCAAGACGAGGUAUGCGAAGGAUACGAAGGCGACGAUCCGGUGGGCGAGGAGUAUGGUCACGCGUGCGACGGCGUAG